CGCGUGUGUGCGGCCAGGGACCUCGAGCGUUUGUGCGCCGCGGCUAGCGCUCUGAGGAGGCGGCGCUGUGCUGUGUUGCGGACCUCGGGGCGGUGUUGUCCGCGCGGCCAGAUUGAGGGGUACAGUCUAUCAUAGCCGCUGGAGCUGGAAGGAGCUGGUCCCAUUGUGUCCACAGUCAGUAAGCAGAGGUGAAUGCUCAGCUCACUUGUUUUUUCUUACCUGGUUUGGAAUGCUGCAGCUCACAUUCAGGCUGUUCAUAUUUCCAUGAUGCCCAGGAGGCUGAGGCAGGAGCAUGGCAAGUUUUCGGCCAACCUGGACAACUUAACAGGACCCUGUCCAAAAAACAAAACAAGCCAAGUAGAAGACAGAAGGGUGAGAGAGCCAGAUGAUAUGUGGAACCCCUUUGAAAGCCCUUAAUCUCACUUGAAAGAGGAGCUCCCAGGCCUCAUCCUGUCCUCAAGGUGAUGCUCUUACUAUUGUCAUGAAUCUCCAUAAUGAAUGGAUCCAGUGUAGCAGGUACAUCACCCAGUGUGAAAUGCAAAGAGGACCAAGGGUUAAAUGGACAUGAGGAAAAGGAAAACCCAUUUGCAGAAUACAUGUGGAUGGAGAAUGAAGAGGAUUUCAAUAGACAGGUGGAGGAAGAGCUGCAGGAGCAAGACUUCUUGGACCGCUGCUUCCAGGAGAUGCUGGAUGAAGAGGACCAGGACUGGUUCAUUCCAGCACGAGACUUGCCUCAGGUUGUGGGACACUUACAGCAGCAGUUAAAUGGACUAUCAGUCAACGACAGUCAUGAAUCUGAGGACAUUUUGAGCAAAAGUAACCUGAAUCCAGAUGCCAAGGAGUUUAUUCCAGGAGUGAAGUACUGAGCUGUUGGAAGCUUCCAGAAGGACUUGUUUUGUCCCUGUACCUGGGGCCAGCAAUGCACAAAAAGGCAGAGCUGAAGGGGGGUGGCAAGGGUGUGCAGCCAGGGCGGGUUGGGUUGGGAAGGUGGUUUGACUGGAUACUGUGACUGAGUAACUAAUGUGCGAGGUCCUACUCUCCAAGCCCUCUGAGCAUGGCUCUUCUGUUCUGCUGACUUGUUCAGAGCAGUUUCCCAUUUUAUUUUAUUUUUUGAAGAGCUCUUUGGAGUUAAGGAACUUCAGUUGUUUUUUCCCUUGCUAGAAAUGUUCUUUCUGUAUUCAAGCAAAAUAAGCUGACCAAGGAAAGCAGUAUUUAAGAAAUAUCUUCCCUGCUGUGUAUCUACCAGGGGCAGGGCAUCUGGAGAGCUUAAGGAAUUUACGGCUGAGUAGUAAGAGGGAAAAAUAGAACAGGAGAUGUAAACCAGCUGCAACACUCAGCUUCCCCAACCCCUGACAUUUCCAUGGUGAAGUGGUGAACUAAGUGGCAGAUAGAGCCCUUGUCUCUUGGCCUGAGCUCUGCUCUACUAAAGAAAACACAGAUUUGAAAGUUCUUAGGUGAAUGUAACUUUGGAUGGUUGCAAGUUGUACAUCAGAAGAGCAGGGCUUGAUGGUGGCAGUCAUUUAGUUGCUGCUGGCCUGGUGUUGAACAUAGAUGUGUAGCUGCUGUCGCUCAUUGUUUACAGGUAAAAGUCACAUAGAGUUGCUUUGCCUUCAUGAUUCUCAUGCGGGCUACUCCUGGUCUCUUUCCCUCACAGCUCUAAAAGACACUGUUAGCCAAAGUCUGAGACAGACCUUUUGUUGGGCUAGUUGCAUCUUGAAUCUUCUUGGACAGUUUUGGUUUUAUUUUCCUUAGUCCCAUCAAUAUCUGGCUCUUACAGUGUCUUAAUUCCCUCAAAGAUUUCUGUAUUUUUUUUUCAAGGAAAUAGAUUUUUCUAAACACUAGCAAGCUGCUCAGCUCAGUUUGGGUGCUUCUCCUGCCUUACAGAGUGAUUCCCAGAAACUAAGCUACUGAGUAGUCCUGCCUGAGAACACAGCAGAGCUUCUUGGAGCUGUUAAUGGUAUUAAUGCUCCCACGAACUAACUUUUUUCAUUUCCUCAUGGGCCUAGCUAGGUGCACUCCUAGUUCUACCUGUAACUUACUAGGGUUUGGUUGAUCUUCUGUCAAACUGAGUUCCACUGGGAGCUGCUGCUGUGAGUAGAGGCGAAGCGUGGUAGUGUUGAGGGUGAAAGGACAAGCGUCCUGUCCUGUUCAUACUCCCCGGACAAGGGAUUUGGAGAGGCCUGAGAGUGCUGUGGCUUGUGUGUGACUGUCACUGUGCUGUGCGUUAGCUCUGGAAGGAUCAUGUAGCUUCCAGUCUGUCAGUUCAGCAUGUGGAUAUGGGCAGAAAUUGGAAGGAAAGGACUGGGGUCUCGAAAGUUGAAGUAUUACCUUUUUCAUGAGCUGGUUUUCCAGCUUUCCAUUUUGUCUUGGUACCAGGAAUAGAACCCAGGGUCUCAUUUGUGCUAGUCCAACUCUUGAGCUGUUCUCAGUCCUCCCUUGUUGACUUGUAGACAGCCCCAGCAGUUAAACACAAGCUUCCCUGUUUUUCCUGUUAAAGUCUCAUAGGAUGGCAUCUUGUGACAGUGGCCUUCUCCCUAGGCCACAUCAUAGUGACUAGCUCAGGGAACUUGUGUGGCCAGACACACAUUGACUCCCAAAGCCUCUCUCUCAAGAGACUAGGAACUCCUAGUUCUCUGGGAGGACUUUAUUCCUGCUCCAGCUUUUAGUUUGGCUUUCCACUUCUAAUAAGAAGAAGGGUAGGGGUGAGGCAUAAAAAAGAUUCUGCCACAGUCUCCUCGAGGCUUUUGGAGUUCAGAAUGCAUCAGGAUUGCAGGAAGAUUGUUGAGAAUCUCUACCUACAUAUAUAUAGUGCAUCCUCCUCUGAGUACCUGGCUGGGAAGCCUAAGCCUGGGGAGGUUUUGUUCUAUCCUAAAGUUUUGCCCUUUGGAAGCCAAGCUGCUAGUUGUGGUCUAAAAGGCCUACCUUCCUUCCUACUUUGCUGGCUCAUUUUACUUGGAUGUCAGUCUCUGUUCUUCUGUUGAGGGUGCAUUUGGUUAAUACUUCUAGAAUGCUGUUGUGUAUGCCUGGAAGCAAGUGCUGGUAUGUUGGGUCUACAGCCAGUGAAGUUGAGCUUAGCACACGUAGAAUGACUUAUUCCUGUGGCCCAGCUCUUCUUUCCUCCAGUGUUGUGAGGUAGCAUAAUUGUGCCCAGAGUGCAGGCUUAGCCUUAGUUUGCCAACUUAGCAGAAGAAUUUUGGGGUUUUGUAGGUUUUCCCCCCUUGGG